AGCUGGCGCCGGGGUCUGGGGGCACUGCUCAGCGGUGCUGGGGCUGGCGCGGCUUGAGCCGCCGCCGCACUGACAGCUCGGUCUGCGGACCAUGGAGACCGGCGCUGGCCCACAUCCGCUGCGCCAGUUCAUUUGCCUGAUGCCACUUUCUCUCGCGUUGCUUUUGGGACCAGGGAGGCCCGGGACCGCCGAGGAAGUCAUCCUCCUGGAUUCCAAAGCCUCCCAGGUUGAACUGGGUUGGACUGCACUGCCGAGCAAUGGGUGGGAGGAGAUCAGCGGUGUGGAUGAGCACGACCGUCCCAUCCGCACGUACCAGGUGUGCAACGUGCUGGAGCCCAACCAGGACAACUGGCUGCAGACGGGCUGGAUCGGCCGCGGCCGCGGGCAGCGCAUCUUCGUGGAGCUGCAGUUCACGCUGCGCGACUGCACUGCAGCGCCGGAUUCCAGGAGCGCGGUGACGUCUGUGAAGCACUGUCGAUCUUCUCUCUCUACUCCCCUGCCCUCCAGCUGGCUGGCCCCGCUUUCAAACUGGAACCAAGUGUCCUGUCCCCCAGGCUUCUACAAGGUCUCCUCCCGGCGGCCCCUCUGCUCGCCGUGCCCAGAGCACAGCCGGGCCCUGGAAACCGCCUCCACGUUCUGCGUGUGCCAGGACAGCUAUGCGCGCUCGCCCACCGACCCGCCCUGGGCCUCCUGCACCCGGCCCUGGGAGGAGGAUGAGAUUCGCAGGGACCGAGUGGAACCUCAGAGCGUGUCCCUGUCAUGGCGGGAGCCCAUUCCUGCUGGAGCCGCUGGGGCCAAUGGCACAGAAUACGAGAUCCGCUACUACGAGAAGGGUCAGAAUGAGCAGACUUACUCCACAGUGAAGACAGGGGCGCCUGCGGUCACCGUCACCAACCUGAAGCCAGCUACUCGCUACAUCUUUCAGAUCCGGGCGGCUUCCCUGGGGCCAUCCUGGGAGACGCAGAGCUUCAGCCCCAGCAUUGAAGUACAGACCCCAGGGGAGGCUGCCUCCGGCUCCAGGGACCAGAGCCCCGCAGUUGUCGUCACCGUGGUGACCAUCUCAGCCCUCCUUGUCCUGGGCUCUGUGAUGAGCGUGCUGGCCAUUUGGAGGAGGCCCUGCAGCUAUGGCAAAGGAGGUCAGGAUGCCCACGAUGAGGAGGAGCUGUAUUUCCACUUCAAAGUGCCGACUCGCCGCACGUUCAUGGACCCCCAGAGCUGUGGGGACCCACUGCAGGCUGUUCACCUGUUUGCCAAGGAGCUGGAUGCGAAAAGCGUCACAGUGGAGAAGAGCCUCGGGGCAGGGCGGUUUGGGGAGCUGUGCUGUGGCCGCCUGCAGCUCCCUGGCCGCCAGGGGCUCCCGGUGGCUGUGCACACACUGAGGGAAGGCUGCUCCGACUCCCAGAGGCUCAGUUUCCUGGCCGAGGCCCUCACGCUGGGGCAGUUUGACCACAGCAACGUCGUGCGGCUGGAAGGGGUUGUCACCAGAGGAAGCACCCUGAUGAUCGUCACUGAGUACCUGAGCCACGGGGCCCUGGACGGCUUCCUCAGGCGGCACGAGGGCCAGAUGGUGGCUGGGCAGCUGCUGGGGCUGCUGCCUGGGCUGGCGUCAGCCAUGAAGUAUCUGUCGGAGAUGGGCUACGUUCACCGGGGCCUGGCCGCCCGCCGCGUGCUGGUCAGCAGUGGCCUUAUCUGCAAGAUUUCCGGCUUUGGGCGGGGACCUCGGGACCGAGCAGAGGCUGUCUACACCACCAUGAGUGGCCGGAGCCCGGCGCUGUGGGCCGCCCCCGAGACGCUGCAGUUCGGCCACUUCAGCUCUGCCAGCGACGUGUGGAGCUUCGGUGUUGUCAUGUGGGAGGUGAUGGCGUUUGGGGAGCGGCCCUACUGGGACAUGUCCAGCCAGGACGUAAUCAAGGCCGUGGAGGAUGGCUUCCGGCUGCCGCCCCCCAGGAACUGCCCUUCCCCCCUGCACCGGCUGAUGCUGGACUGCUGGCAGAAGGACCCGGGUGAGCGGCCCAGGUUCUCCCAGAUCCACAGCAUCCUGAGCAAGAUGGUGCAGGACCCAGAUCCCCCGAAGUGUGCUACGGCCCCCUGUCCCAGGCCACCCACUCCCCUGGCGGACCGUGCCUUCUCCACCUUCCCCUCCUUUGGCUCCGUGGGCGCCUGGCUGGAGGCCCUGGACCUGGGCCGCUACAAGGACAGCUUCACGGCAGCUGGCUAUGGGAGCCUGGAGGCCGUGGCCGCCAUGACUGCGCAAGACCUGGUGAGCUUGGGCAUCUCGUCGGCGGAACAUCGGGAGGCCCUCCUCAGUGGGGUCAGCGCCCUGCGGGCACGAGUGCUCCAGCUGCAGGGCCGGGGGGUGCAGGUGUGAGCAGCCCCCACUCUUCAGGCAGGGACCCCAGUGGGCUGCAGACCCCGCCUUGACAGCACCCUGGCAAGCUGCGCUCCACCGUGCAGAAGUGAGCACUCUUCCCAUUUCCUCAGUCUGAGCACCUGGGCUGACUCAGUCUCCCUUAGAAAAGGGUCAGAUCCCUGGAGAAGACCCUCGAGAGAAGAGGGAGGAAGUGCAGGGUUUCAGAGACUGAGGUGGGGCUGGGCAGGGAGGGAAGACAGAGUUUCAAAUCACCGGGCUCAUGCCCUCUUGUCUGCCACAUCCAUGGGGAGCUGGGAUCUGCCCCUUAUCCCACAGACCCAUUGGCCAGCAGGCAGCCUGGGUCCCUGCUGGGCCCUCUUUAGGCCUGAGUGACCGAGCUGCCUGGAAGCCCGUCCUGAUGGGCCCUGGAGGGCAGGGUCCUCAGCUCCUUGCGCUCUG